AAUCGCUGCUGCGCGCUCCCGUUCCCGGUUUGGAGAAGUCCGCGCCAUCUCCGCUGCGCUGCGCAAACAGCGCUUUGUCUCCCCAUAUACGCUCACAACGGGAUGGUAUGUUUAGAUGAGAGUCCAUCCAUAAUCGAGUUUGGACAACCAGACAACCCCAAUUGGACUGUUUCCUCUCAACGUGUUGCUGCCUGCAGCCACGGCAGGAGCCAGAGUCAUCAUGGAGACAGUGGUGAUUGUGGCCAUUGGGGUGUUGGCCGCCAUUUUCCUGGCCUCCCUCAUUGCUCUGGUGGUGGUGUGCAGACAUCGCUACUGCCACCCUCAUGACCUGCUGCAUCACUUUGAGUCCAAGCCCACUGUAGAUCUGAUUGGAGCCAUGGAGACCCAGAGUGAGCCAUCUGAACUGGAGCUAGAUGAUGUGGUUAUCACCAAUCCUCAUAUCGAGGCCAUCCUGGAGAAUGAGGACUGGAUAGAGGACGCCUCUGGUUUGGUGUCUCACUGUAUUUCCAUUUUAAAGAUCUGCCACACUCUGACUGAAAAGUUGGUUGCCAUGACAAUGGGCUCAGGGGCAAAGGUCAAAGCACCAGCCAGCCUCAGUGACAUUAUCACUGUUGCCAAACGCAUCAGCCCCAGGGUGGAUGAUGUUGUCAGAUCUAUGUACCCUCCUCUGGAUCCAAUCCUCUUGGAUGCCAGGGCUACUGCCCUCCUCCUUUCAGUCAGUCACCUUGUGCUGGUAACCCGCAAUGCCUGUCACAUGUCCGGCAGUAUGGACUGGAUCGACCAGUCCCUCCACGCGGCUGAGGAUCACAUGGUGGUUCUGCGAGAGGCAGCGCUAGCUUCUGAACCGGAACGCACCAUACCUGGAAUAGACAUACAGAGGGAACAGGCCAUCUAGGACACACACACACACACACACACACACACACACACACUCCAGAAAGGCAUACAUGUUAGUUUUAUUGUGUAUGGUCAGUUUACCAAUCUUGAAACUUCUACCCAUGAGUGAUAUUCAGUUGGUGCAUACACUAUCAAACAGUGUUUAACAGGGUACACGUUUCCAAAUAUUAUUGUCCAGUCCAAACUGAUAAAGAACACUUUAGAAUCUGUCUCAAAAAGGACAGUUUAAGUGGGUUUUUGUGAUUCUGCUCUGCCUUUAAUUUUCAAAAUGUGUGAGGGUUAGGGUUUCCUUUUCAUACUUACCAAGGAGUACUUGGCACUAAGUAAUUUGCACCAAGGAGUGCAACUUAGUUUCUAUAGCUUUUUUUUGUAUGACAUUUGUAGAAAGAUGUACCACACAGAGUACCAACAGCUACCUUGUACAGAGACCUUUUCUUUGUGCAAUUACUGUUAAGUAGAUGUUACACAUUCAGAUACUUUGUAAAGGUGCCAUUGUGCGUAACAAGAUGUUUUGUAGAGGUUGUCUGUUAAGAUGUUGCCAUUGGUGACUGGCCUUUUGAUACCCCUUCUUGUGUGCCCCAUCAGCUAGUGGUGGGCCUUAAUCAAAACUGCAAGUCACAUGGAGGCUUAGCCAGUUAAUCCAUGCUGGGAAAAUAACACUCAGUUACCUAGCCUAAAAGGCUCCAAUUUAGUGGAGACAAAAGGAGACCUUGAGUUACCUCCAACAUGGAGGGACAGGGUCUCUUGUGGAUGUGCCCAUUAAGAGGUGUUGAAGCUGUUGAGACUGACAGUAUGUAGUAUUCAUGUGGUGUUUGAUUGUGUAGACUCUGAUAUGACUGUGUAAAGUGAGUUGGAGCAGAACUUGCAUGUCUUGUCCGACUAGAGAGAUAUCAUUAGACACAUCUAUCUGCCUCCUCAUGUGUUGCUAAUGCUAAACCACCAACUAUGCCAACAAGGCCUCACCCAUAGCCAGGUUGAACAGUCUAUUUCCACUCAACAACAAAAAACUUGUCAUGAGACUUUCUACACAUAAACUGUGAGAUUACUUAAUAUCAGAAGUGACGUGAAGGACAACAAAGUCCUGUAAAAUGCAUCUCCUCACACUAUUGUCAAGCACUUUUAAGCCGCUGGUGUGAGUCAGGGGAUACCCUCACAGUGGAACAGCAUUUGUGCCUUUUUAAUUUCCAUUCACUGAAAUCAAAAGUGAAGACCGUCUGUAACUCCUGGCAUGCGGUGAUGUUUUGAUGGAAUGGUAUCGACUGAUGAGGAAACAUUUAUGAAGUGGUAAUCCUUUUUAUUUUUUCUUGUUUACAUUGUUUAUAAGAACUGAUCUUUUUGUAAACACUCCUUUGCUUUCUUACUCCUACCCCACCAUUUGUUACUGGUUUCCUUUUCCUUUCCUCACUUUCAUCGAUUUGUACAGAUAAAUUUCAGUUUCAUAGGAAAAUGCGUUUUGUUGUCUGUAUUUACUUUUUUCUUUAGUAACUUAAGUAAUCCAUGUCUGAUAAGUCUGCACACCCAUACAGUAUUCAGGAAAGAGAAGGGGUGGUAGCCCAUCUGUUAAAACACAUCUGUUAAAACACAUAGGCAGUCCUGGCUCUCCAAAACAACGAGAACCUUUGGCCGAGAACACAAGAAGGCCCUAAUAAAAACAUACUUAAAUAAGACACACAGACACAACUUCAAAACAGCAACUAUGUAAGCACUGUACACAAUUGUCAUUAACUGACAAGAAAUUGCCAUUUUCUUAAAAAUAAAUACAAAAACAGUCUCUCCUCAGCCUAAGUUGACAGUAAUAAAAGUGAACUCUUUUCUUUUUAUUGUUUUAGCAGUUCUUUGUGCACAGGC